AUGACUGCGACUCUGAGAAGAACGUUUCGCUAUCCGGGCGAAGAUGACAGUUAUGGCGGUGAAACUAGGGAAGAAUUAGAUGAACAAGAGCAGGAGGACAUUAUCAAGAACCUACAACAAAAGAAUGAGAUGGAUAACAGGUUCUACCAAAGAGUAUUCGCUGUGAUGCCCCUCGUUGGCAUAAUCGCUUAUAUCCCCGGAUUAUUCUCAUCGUCAGCAACGGCCGGUCAGAGGUUGAUCUAUACCAUAUGCAUACUAUCCCUUUCAGCCACAGCGUAUAUCAUGCAAAGCAAUGCUUUCUCCGUACGGAUGGAUAGCGCAAGACCCAUACUAGCGACGACAGACCGAAAUACAUGGCCACCGAAAGCCCUCAGCGAGGAAAAUAGGAGGUACCUCAUGCUUGCCAAUUCGUUCCUGUGUGCUCUACUAGCUCUGGGAUCCUUGUAUACAGUCGAUAUGGUGCUGUAUCUCCUUCCAGUUGUUUUCCUAGCCAUCAUAUCCCUGGCUAGACGAGUCAUCACCGAAGUGGAUGUCGGGGAGCUUGAGAAGCUCCAGUACGAAUAUAAAGGGGCAUAG